CACCUCCACAAAACCAAGAACCAUGUUCUGCUCGCCUUUGCUUCUUCAGGACCUGGUGCCUAACGCGGGCUGGAAGCUCACUAGAUCCUUCACGGAUGACUGCCUCAAUGACUUUUAAAGCAGGUCAAGUUGAGACCGGCUUCCCAAUAAGAGAAGCCGAGAUGCCGCGCCAAUUCCCCAAGCUGAACAUCUCCGAGGUGGAUGAGCAGGUGCGGCUGCUGGCUGAGAAGGUGUUCGCUAAAGUGCUCCGCGAAGAGGACAGCAAGGAUGCCCUGUCCCUCUUCACCGUGCCCGAGGACUGCCCCAUCGGGCAGAAGGAGGCCAAGGAGAGGGAGCUGCAGAAGGAGCUGGCCGAGCAGAAGUCCUUGGAGACGGCGAAAAGAAAGAAAAGUUUCAAGAUGAUUCGGUCCCAGUCCCUGUCUCUACAAAUGCCGACGCAGCAGGAUUGGAAGGGCCCCCCGACGGCCAGCCCGGCCAUGUCUCCCGCAACCCCUGUGGUCGCUGGGGCUGCUUCCCAGCCCGCGCCAGUGCCCUAUGCCAUGCCCGAGUACCAGCGGGUCACCAUCAGCGGCGACUACUGUGCCGGGAUCACCGUGGAGGACUACGAGCAGGCUGCCAAAAGCCUGGCCAAGGCCCUCAUGAUCCGGGAGAAGUACGCACGGCUCGCCUACCACCGUUUCCCGCGGACCACAGCACAAUACCUGGGCCACCGGCGCCCGGACGUCGCCCCUCCUGAAGAUGGCCUCCCAGACUUCCACCCUCCCCCACGGCCCCAGGAGGACCCGUACUGCCUGGACGAUGCACCCCCCAACCUGGGCUACUUGGUCCGCAUGCAAGGGGGCAUCCUGUUCGUGUAUGACAGCAAGAAGAUGCUGGAGCGCCAGGAGCCCCACAGCCUGCCCUACCCUGACCUGGAGACCUACACGGUGGACAUGAGCCACAUCCUGGCUCUCAUCACCGACGGCCCCACGAAAACCUAUUGUCACCGGCGACUGAACUUUCUGGAAUCCAAGUUCAGCCUUCACGAGAUGUUAAAUGAGAUGUCUGAGUUCAAAGAGUUGAAGAGUAACCCCCACCGAGACUUCUAUAACGUGAGAAAGGUGGACACGCACAUCCACGCGGCGGCCUGCAUGAACCAGAAGCACUUGCUGCGCUUCAUCAAGCACACGUACCAGACGGAGCCCGACAGGACGGUGGCCGAGAAGCGAGGCCGGAAGAUCACCCUGCGGCAGGUGUUCGACAGCCUGCACAUGGACCCCUAUGACCUCACUGUGGACUCGCUGGACGUGCACGCGGGCCGGCAGACGUUCCAUCGCUUUGACAAGUUCAACUCCAAAUACAACCCCGUGGGGGCCAGCGAGCUGCGGGACCUGUAUUUGAAAACGGAAAACUACCUGGGGGGAGAGUACUUCGCUCGGAUGGUCAAGGAGGUGGCCCGGGAGCUGGAGGAGAGCAAGUACCAGUACUCAGAGCCGCGACUCUCCAUCUACGGCCGCAGCCCGGAGGAGUGGCCCAACCUGGCCCGCUGGUUUAUCCAGCACAAGGUCUACUCGCCCAACAUGCGCUGGAUCAUCCAGGUGCCCCGGAUCUAUGACAUAUUUAGGUCGAAGAAGCUGCUGCCGAACUUUGGGAAGAUGCUGGAGAACAUCUUCCUGCCCCUUUUCAAGGCCACGAUCGACCCUCAAGAUCACCGAGAGCUUCACCUCUUCCUGAAAUACGUGACAGGGUUUGACAGCGUGGAUGACGAGUCCAAGCACAGUGACCACAUGUUCUCGGACAAGAGCCCCAGCCCAGACAUCUGGACCAGCGAGCAGAACCCGCCCUACAGCUACUACCUGUACUACAUGUACGCCAACAUCAUGGUGCUCAACAACCUCCGCAGGGAGCGAGGCCUGGGCACAUUCCUGUUCCGGCCACACUGUGGCGAGGCCGGCUCCAUCACGCACCUGGUGUCCGCCUUCCUCACUGCCGACAACAUUUCCCACGGGCUGCUCCUCAAGAAGAGUCCGGUCCUGCAGUACCUCUACUACCUUGCCCAGAUCCCCAUCGCCAUGUCGCCCCUCAGCAACAACAGUCUGUUCCUUGAGUACUCCAAGAACCCUCUGCGGGAGUUCCUGCACAAGGGGCUGCACGUUUCCCUGUCCACGGACGACCCCAUGCAGUUCCACUACACGAAGGAAGCUCUGAUGGAAGAAUAUGCCAUCGCAGCUCAAGUGUGGAAGCUGAGCACGUGCGACCUGUGUGAGAUCGCCAGGAACAGUGUGCUGCAGAGUGGCCUCUCACAUCAGGAAAAGCAAAAGUUUCUGGGACAAAAUUAUUACAAAGAAGGACCCGAAGGAAACGAUAUUCGGAAGACGAACGUGGCUCAGAUCCGCAUGGCAUUCCGAUAUGAGACCUUGUGCAACGAGCUCAGCUUCCUGUCCGACGCCAUGAAGUCGGAAGAGAUCACGGCCCUGGCCAAGUAGGCCCGGCCCUCGGCCUGCGUCUUAACUCUGUGGUUCAGUUUCAGGUCUGCUGUGGCCAGCAGUGGUUGAGACACCGAAUGAGGACUCUGCUCUCUGGGACUAGUGAUGUUGGCUGCUGUGUCCACUUUGAGAUCUGCCAUGCCCACUCCUGAUGCCAUUUCUGGCUGAGAUGGUGACUUCUUGGGGAAGUCUAGGAGCUGGGCACUUGCCUCUACUUGUUGCUAACUUUCCAAAUAGUCCUCCUGAAACCCACCACUGCUUGAAUGAUUGGGCCCAGGGUUUUCCACAGGACACGGCCAAGUGAUACACGGUCUGUGUGGUUUUCUGCCACGCUGUCCCCACUCCAGGCCCUGCAGGCUAAUUGGAAGUUGUUCAUUCCAGCCUCUGGCUGCCUUAAAGCCCAUCUCAAAGCUCCCUUUCAUAAAGGGGCUACUUGGAAAGAAUUAAAAGAGAAGGUUCCCUUCUUAAACAUUUGUGUUUUUUUAAA